AUGACGACGAGAAAUUUUAUGAUCGUUUUAUCGUUGCUCAUCGAUGCUUCUUACGCGUUCAACAAAUGCUGCCCCCUCGGUGAAGUUUUCACGGGGACGUCGAAGGUGAAUUGUGCUUCAACACCUCUCAACUGUUCCAUCGAACUGUUCUUCGUCAACGGAAGUAACAGCGAAUUUCCUAUUUGCGAGAAACCCGAGUACAUCACCACGACUCCGCUCGACCAGCUCAACUCUAUGAGUUUCGUACAGAACACGUCCUGUAUCGAAAUUCUUCACGAACCAUCAACAUCUCAGAACGUACCGAUACUCGUGCAUUGUAACUCGAACGAGGACAGGAACGAGAAGGAGCAACUCUUUUCCUCCGAAUCCUUGUCGAAAUUGCGAUUCUUAAACGUUAGAAGGUGUUGCUCGAGCAACGAGGUCUUUAACGUAAUGCCAGGAAACUGUGAAUCGUCUGAGAACGCUGAAGACGAUCUUUUAACGUUUUUUAACGUUACUGCGAAGGACGAGAAUAUAAAGAUAAUUUCGAUGAAUAAAGAAUUGCUUGAAUGCCCAAAAUCGAACGCCAUGUUUACUUAUGAAAUCGAUGCAGAGGACAUCACCAUCCUCGAUGAAUCUUUAAAGGUGCACUCGUGGGAAAACCAAACCGUGGAGAGUUUCACGAUCACAGAGAAGAACUCGUGUCUCGCGGUGACGCCGGAUUUCCGGUCGAAACGGCGCAUAGUUGUUCGCGUCUGCAGGGACAAAGAAUUGUGUCGGGACGGCAACUGUGUGAAAAAGUGUUCUAAAAAACCUAAAUCCACGUGCCAGGAGAUACUGAUAAGCAAUUUCACUUUCUACGACAAGAUUUCGAAUAUCACUGGGACACCUCGAAACGUCACAGAAUAUGGGGUGAUCGAAUUUGAAUUGAAUUGUUCAAACGGAAUGUAUAUGGAACUCAUGGAGGACACAUUUGGGAUAACAUCGAAUGGAAACUUGAAGCUAGACAGAGAAACUUGGUUGACGCAAGACACUUAUUGCGUGGAUAUGUUAUUUGACAAACAGGACAAUUGUAAGGAAAAUUUGUACGCCUUAAUCUGCUUCCCUGAAAGGAUUGAAAACAACAUCAGAAAAAUACUUAAGACUAUUUUGGAAGGCAUCAGUUUCAUUUUCUUACUAUUAACUCUGAUCGUUUACAUUUGCCUGCCUGUGCUUCAAAAUCUGCAUGGAAAAACUCUCAUGUCCCACGUAUCGAGUCUUAUGAUAGGAUAUCUUUGCAUUUCUAUAUUACCUUGGUUGAGAGAUAUUAAACAGAAUAAUAUCGUAUUCUGCUGUGCAUCAGGAUUCUUGUUGCUCUUCUCCUUCCUGUCAGCUUUUUCCUGGUUGAACAUCAUGUGCUUCGAUAUAUGGCGAACAUUCGGGAGGUUGCAGGGUAAUUUCACCAGAGAUCAAAAUCACGGCAAGACGUUUCUAUUGUAUUGCCUAUACGCGUGGGGUCUGCCAAUGUUCAUCACGGUCUUCGGCAUCCUGGACGAUCAGAUUUUAAUUCUGCCAAAUAAUUUCCGUCCUCAUUUUAACGAGUACUGCUGGUUCAAAGGACACGGGGAAAUUAUUUACUUCAGAGGUGUGGUCGCCAUCCAGCUUCUAACAAACAUGGUGUUCUUCUUCUUGACGGCAAAACAGUGCAGCAAGGUGAAAGCAGAGUUAAAAAAGGUUACCACCGAUCCAUCAGAUCCAAGGAACAAACAAUUUCUCGCCAACAAAUCCAAAUUCAUCAUAAACGUGAAGCUGUUCAUCGUGAUGGGUAUAUCCUGGAUAGGAGAGAUCGUCUCGGCCCUGAUCGAAAAUUACGCCCCCUUCAAAUACCAGAACCAACUUUUCUAUCUGACGGACACGUUCAAUUGUCUCCAAGGCUUGUGGAUAUUUAUCCUGUUCGUGGUUAAACAUCGGGUUCAUCAGGCGUUGAAGAAACGGCUAGGCUUCGACGAGAAGAAAAAGUUUAGCCGAGUUACCGCCUCCCUUCAAGAUCCGUUCAAAAUGAGGAAAAGCGUGAGUAACAGCACGUUAACGUCCACGUUCGCGGUCAGCUCGAUACCUUGAUUGUUCAAAUUCUAUUCAUAAGUUCUAAUCGAUCCAAAGAAAUAUAUUUAUAUAUA